AUGCAGGCCAUUAAAUGCGUGGUUGUCGGUGACGGUGCUGUUGGAAAGACCUGUCUUUUGAUCAGCUACACCACCAAUGCGUUCCCUGGCGAAUACAUCCCGACAGUAUUCGAUAACUACUCGGCUAACGUCAUGGUCGACGGCAAGCCCAUCAACCUGGGUCUGUGGGAUACGGCCGGCCAGGAGGAUUACGAUCGUCUGCGCCCACUGUCGUACCCGCAAACCGACGUAUUCCUUGUGUGCUUCUCGCUGGUGAGCCCGCCGUCGUUUGAGAACGUGCGGACAAAGUGGUACCCGGAGGUCAGCCAUCACGCGCCCAACAUCCCGUGCAUCCUGGUGGGCACGAAGCUGGAUCUGCGCGAGGACCGCGACACGAUCGAGAAGCUCAAGGAGAAGCGGAUGGCCCCGAUCACGUACCCGCAGGGCCUGCAGAUGGCAAAGGAGAUCCGCGCUGUGCGCUACCUCGAGUGCUCGGCUCUGACGCAGAAGGGCCUGAAGAACGUCUUCGACGAGGCCAUCCGCGCCGUCCUCGUGCCGGCCCAGCCCGCAAAGAAGGCGAAGAAGUGCCUGAUCCUCUAA